AUGGUCGGGGCCCGAGCGAGAGAGGGGGCUUCUUUGGCUCGGUGGGGGGUGGAGCGGACCGCGUCCCUGCUGCCGCCGCCGCCGCCGCCGCCGUGCGGGGUAAAAGGGCCCCGGCGGGAUGCGGGCGCAGAGUUGGUGCCUGGGUUCAGUGCAGCCCCGCGCAGCCCCAGGCCCGAGGGUCGGGGCUGUGGCUGGCUCUGGGGCGCACCGAUUAGGAUUCCUCCUUGGAGCGGCGAGAUCUGGAGUAUGACUAGUUCUCGGAACCAAAGGGAUGCUCCGGGAGCCCCCUCCCCCGCCGCUGCAGUCUCCAAAGCCCCUGAGUCCCACCGGCAGCCGCUCCCGAAGGAGAACCCCCGCCCCUGCCUCCACCUCCGCCCCCCCCCGGCCCGGCCCGGCCCAAACUGCGGCGUGCAGGAGCCGGAGGAGCGAAGGAGCCGGUACCUGGACAGCGCCCGCCGAUUGGCUGCUGCUCACCUGCCCCCAGAUAAGAAAACUGAAGCCCAGAAUUGGAGUGUGACUUGUUCCAAGUCCAACAGACCAAGGCAAUGGAGUUAAGUGACUUGCCCAGGGUCAUGUACUUCA